AUGACAUCGUCGCUCGUUAAGGUACUGCAUCGCAUGCAGGAGCUCUUCCAUAACCUAGUCGCUGCCCUCGAAUCCGCCCUCUUUGGGGAAACUUCCUCUCGUCGACAGCGUUCUGUAUACGGUCAUGGUCGGAAGCGACGUCGCUCGCUCGACGAAUUGGCGCAGGAAGUUGAUCGGCUGUUCAAUGCACACCUAGACAUUCAGAAUAUGCUAGCCAUGUCCGCCAGGAUCAAAGAUCAGCUCCGGUCAUGCUUGCAAUCGAACCCUUCCUGCAUGCUUCCGUCGUACAACCAUGCUUUACCUACGGGUAAAGAAACGGGCACUUUCCUAGCAUUGGAUGUGGGCGGGUCGACUUUCCGUGUUGCCCUAAUUGAGUUGAGUGGUAGAGAACACGGCAUGAAAAUUGUUAGCUCGACGUCGAUGGUCAUUGAUGAAGAUGUCAAGGCGUUGCAGGGUACAGAUUUUUUCGACUGGAUGGCAGAGCGUAUUGAUAAAUUCUUGACUGGAGUAGACGCGAAAUACGGCCGGGAAGAGGCUCCCUUGUCAAUUGGACUGUCGUGGUCAUUUCCUGUGGAUCAGACAUCCGCCAGCAGUGGAAAUAUUCAGGGAAUGGGUAAAGGGUUCCGCUGUUCGGACUCGGUACUGGGACAAGAACUAGGCGGUCUGAUUGUGUCUUCGUGCCAGAAGCGUUCGUUGAAUGUUCGCAUGGAUGCUAUUGUAAACGAUAGCUCUGCUACUCUGCUGACACGUGCUUACGUCGACCCCAAGACUCGCAUGUCGCUUAUUCUGGGGACCGGUACGAAUGCGGCUGUUCACUUUCCUGUUCAUGAGAUCGGUCUCGCCAAGUUUGGCGCCAGGCCUCCUGGUUGGUUUGAUCGCGCGAAACAUGUCAUUAUCAACACCGAAUUGAGUAUGUUUGGUGGAGACUUCCAGCCCUUGGAAUAUAUGAUUACCGGUCGCUAUCUCGGCGAGAUUGUGCGAUUGAUUAUUGUUGAAGCUGUUGAGACAGCGUCAUUGUUUGGUGGUGAUUUGCCUCAUUCGAUGAAGGAGCCGUAUUCGUUAGACACGGCGAUUGUUGCAUUUAUCGAAGGCGACACUUCUCCAUCACUAGCUCCAUCUGCAGCUCUCUUACAGAAGAAUCACACUUUCUCUGCUACGCCAACAGUAGAGGACCUCAAGUUCAUCAAACACGUCUGCAAAUGCGUGUCAAACCGGUCUGCCGGUUACUUGUCUACUGCCAUCUAUAGCAUGUGGUGUUUGCGUAAUGAGGCUGAGUUUCCGGUUGGCUCGAUGACCGAAGCCGUCAAGAAGAUUGAGCCACAGGAGGUCACCGUUACGGAGUUGGAGCAACCCACCAAGACUUUGAGUAUUGCCUGCGACGGGAGCGUGAUUAACAAAUACCCCGGCUUCCGUGACCGGUGUCAAUCAUACCUCGACAUUCUGACGCGGGAGAGCGCCGACGCAGGCACUCAAGCCGAAGACAAUCCUUCAAUCACCUUGGAACUUGCUCAUGAGAGCGCCAUUUUUGGCGCUGCAGUAGCAGUUGCAAUUGCCGUUACAGAGCGGGAGUCCCUGAUCUUGUCACGUUAA